GUUCUUUCUGUUCGCCAUUUGCUGCUCCAGAACCCUAGCUGUGUUCGCUGUUCUUUCAAGAAACCUUUUUUCUCUCGAACAUCUGCCGCUCCACAUUCCCAAUUUCGCGAAACCCAGUUGAAGAUGCCAGAAGAGGUAGACUAUACUUUGCCGCCUGCCCUAGACCUUAAACUCGAUAAGAACGCCUUUCGAAAUACGGAAAUCCUUUUUGCAGUCGGGGUACCCCUGGGCAAAGAGUUCAAAAAGGUUUCAGAAAAGCUUCGUGGCUACGCUACCGGUUACUUAGCUCUGCCCAGUACUGAUUCUAAUGGAAUGAGACGUAAACUAAUACCGAUUCAAAGGAUUGACGAUUCCAAAGCAUGGGAUCAACUUCGAAACUUCAAUGUAGAUGUUCCAUCAUCUCCAAACGAGGAUAUCUCAUACUUGGAAACACAUCCAAAUGCUCUUCUUGUGGAGAACUGUCCAUCAAGUGAACGGAGCGAUGGGUACACUUUGCCUUCCAAACCUUGUGCAUUUCGCAUGCCCCUGGUGUACGAAAAUUACCCUCUUGUUCGAGCACUUAGAGUCGUGCUGCCAUCAGACAUGGAGGCCAUAACUGGAUUUACGUUGGUUGGUCAUGUGGCACACUUUAACCUUAAACCGGCUGCUCUUCCCUACCGAAAACUCAUUGGUCAAAUUGCUCUAGACAAACUGCCUCUGGUGCGCACCGUUGUAAACAAAGCAGCGAAGAUCGACGCCCAAUUUCGGACUUUUACCGUGGAUUUGAUGGCUGGGGAAGAGAAUUAUCUGACUGAGGUGAAAGAAAAUGGUGUUACUUACCAACUGGAUUUCUCAAAAGUCUACUGGAAUUCACGCCUUGGAACUGAGCAUUGCAAAAUCAUUGAGGAAAUAAAGAGCGUAGCUAAGUCUAGUGCAACAUCUGUGGUCGUCUUUGAUGUAUUUGCGGGCGUUGGACCGUUUUCCAUACCUCUUGCUCGUAUCGGAAACUGUCAAGUUUUUGCAAAUGACCUUAAUCCUGACUCCUUUCAUUUUCUGAAGGAGAAUGUGAGUCGAAACAGUUCCAGAAAGCGUCCUCUCACAACAAAACAAAUCAAAUGCUUUAAUUUGGAUGGCCGGGACUUCAUUCGAGAGAUUGUCCUUCCAUACUACAAAACGGUCUCGCCAUCUGACUCUACCGAGUUUUUCAUGCUCCUGAAUCUUCCGGAACUGGCAAUCGAAUUUUUAGACGUCUUCAAAGGCCUUAAAUGCGAAUGUCCUACUCACCCAAUCCACAUUAGAUGUUACUGUUUUGUUCGUCAUCAUCUUGGAGGUGACACCUCGAAAACUUCGAAACAGGUAGAAGCAGAUAUAGAUGCUCGUCGAAGAGUCUGUGAAGCUUUAGGUGUUGAACUUGCUGCAGUUUCUACGGAUGAUCAUGAAAAGUUUUCUGGCAUUCAUUUGACUGAUUGGAAAGUCCGAUUUGUACGGAACACGGCACCACUUAAAGAUAUGUAUUGUAUACAAUUUGACCUUCAUCUUUGCACGCCCCAUGCUUUAGCUAAGCGAUCCAGAACUAACUAG